CUCUGUAAAACUCACUCCACACAGACAUGCACUCUCUCUGCACUGGAGUCUGGCCUAAGGGAACACUUCAGGAAUCUCUCUCACGUCUCUAAAAUACUUUACUAACACCUAAAACAGCUACCAGGAAACUGAAAACACACAAACCAUGGCUGGACUUAAGUACCUGAGUGGGUUUGGAAAUGAGUUCUCCUCUGAAGACCCUCGCUGUCCUGGAUCGUUACCUGAGGGGCAGAACAACCCCCAGGUUUGUCCAUACGGUCUCUAUGCGGAGCAGCUCUCUGGUUCUGCUUUCACCUGCCCCCGACCAGCCAAUAAGAGGAGCUGGCUGUACCGCAUCCUUCCAUCUGUCAAACAUAAGCCUUUCACUGCGGUGCCAUGUGGGGAUCUGUUAGAGAACUGGAACGAGGUGGAACCUGAUCCAAACCAGAUGCGGUGGCUUCCUUUCACCAUUCCUAAAGUGGCAGAGAAGAAAGUGGACUUUGUAGCAGGUCUGCACACAGUCUGUGGUGCUGGAGAUUCCAAAUCACGCAAUGGCAUCGGCAUCCACAUGUACACGUGCAACACCUCCAUGGUGGACAGGUGCUUCAAUAACUCUGAUGGAGACUUCCUGAUUGUUCCCCAGAAGGGCGAGAUCUUGAUCACUACAGAGUUUGGGAAGAUGAUGGUGGAGCCGAAUGAGAUUUGUGUCAUCCAGCAAGGGAUGCGCUUCAGUGUUGAUGUGUUUGGAGAAACCAGAGGGUACAUUCUGGAGGUGUAUGGAUGCCACUUUGAACUUCCUGACCUGGGCCCAAUAGGAGCCAACGGUUUGGCCAACCCCAGGGAUUUCCUGUGUCCAGUUGCUUGGUACGAGGACCGAACCGUAUCUACGGGUUACACCGUCAUCAACAAAUACCAGGGGAAACUCUUUGCCUGCCAACAGGAAUUUUCUCCCUUCAAUGUAGUCGCCUGGCACGGCAACUACACACCUUACAAAUACAACCUGACGAACUUCAUGGUGAUCAACUGUGUGGCCUUCGACCAUGCGGAUCCAUCAAUUUUCACCGUGCUGACAGCCAAAUCCACACGUCCUGGGGUGGCCAUUGCCGACUUCGUCAUCUUCCCACCACGGUGGGGCGUGGCUGACCACACCUUCCGUCCACCAUACUAUCACCGUAACUGCAUGAGUGAAUUCAUGGGCCUGAUCAAAGGCCACUACGAGGCCAAAGAGGAGGGUUUCCAGCCAGGAGGUGGCAGCCUCCACAGCAUAAUGACCCCACAUGGCCCAGAUGCUGACUGCUUUGAGAAGAAUAGCACCACUGAUCUUAAACCUGAGAGAGUGGCGGAAGGAACCAUGGCUUUCAUGUUUGAGUCGUCCUUCAGUAUGGCAGUGACAAAGUGGGGUCUGCAGACAUGUCAGAGGCUGGACAAGAGCUAUUACCAAUGCUGGGAACCACUCCGCAGCCACUUCAACCCCAAAUGGAAGCCCAGCCAACAGUAGACAAAGUGGAAACAUUUUAACCAAUAAUGCCCCGUUUUUCCAAAACCUAAGAAACUUAAUUUUAAUGUUCUAGUGUAGUGAUGUUAACAACAAACUUAAUGGGCUACUAAAAUGGUCUGGUCAAUAAAAGUUAUACUAACAUAUUGUAUACAAAUGUUUAUAUGAACAUCUAAUCAUAAUUUUAAAGGGAUCCUACCAUAUUUUUGACUCAAAUGUUUCUAAUGGGACAGUUCAAAUUUGAAGUGUCAAUGUGAGCCAUUGAUUUAUUCUAAUGUGAAGUACUGACAAUACAAGGAGACUGAGUAACAACAUAAUCUUCUGGCUGCUCCUUUUGCAGGUUCCCACAACAAAUCAGCUGGCUCCAUCUCACCUCAGAAAUAUUCUUGCUUUUCUUGUUUCUUUGCUGGUUAGGCUCCAUCGCACGCUUAACCAUUGUCUGAAUAAUUUCAACCCCGCUUGUCUAAGGUUAUCUCUUCACUCAUGGACUGUUUCUAUGCUUCAGGUGUAUUUAAUUUCCUGGUUUAAAGCAUCUUCAACUCUACUAUUUCUGGCUCAGUUCUGUCUUUAAGAUGGUUUACAUUACUGUUUCAUCCCUGCAGAUCUCACUGCUGCCAUGUACAUGUUCCCUUGCAACCUUGUUGAUAUUCAUGAUCACACCCUUAAAGUCUGCCGUCAUCCUCUUUA